GAUUUAGUAUACUUGCUUAUUGCUUCCGUUUUUCGAUAGCCGUGUCGAUACGGUGAUUUUCACGACGACCGCGCGACUUUUAUUGCCUCUUACCUGGCGAUUAUCACGUGUUAUUUGCAUAAAUGAAAUACAACCGCGAACGCGAUAAGGCUAACUUGGUAAUUGAUCUAUUCUCCUAUCUAUAGUGAAAAAUCUAAGGAUAAAAGUGAUAUUUACCCUUUGACGCAAGCGAAGGCAUGUAAAUUUCUUAUAAAAGGGAAAAAAUGCGAAGAUAAGAGGUUCCAGAUUGGGUUCGCCCAAGGAUCUCCCUAGAGUCUAGGGGCCUAUAUCAAAGGCAACCGAUAAAGCGUACUUUGCCCCUAAGUGUACAUAUCUCUCUUACUACCUCCGAUUACGCCGAUCAUCUUUCCAUUUCUGCACUAUUCGUCGAUGCCUAUCGAACCAGUGGCGCCUCCUUUGAGGAUCCACCAAGAAGUUCGGAAAUGUUGAAAUUAGGAAAGGGGGCGUAACGCGGGGAAACUUUGGAACCCGUUAAUAGGUUCGUAAUCUGCUAACAAGCCAGAUCGUCCGUAGCAGUUGGUAAUAAAUUUAGUCUUCCUGCGAGCUUUGUUAAAUGAAAUCGAACCGAUGGACAGAAAUGUGACCAUCGUCGACGAUACGCGACCAAGUGCAUCAGGUGUUUACAUUGGAUCACGUGGUUCUGUUGUUUUAACCGCGAAACGCGUUAUUUUCGUAUUUCCCGCGCGACGUCGAGUAAAAAUAACUUCCGAGAAAGCUUUAAGUAUCGUUCCUUACCUGGCAUUCGUCUGUCUCUCUGCGAAAGGUGAAGCCGCGAGCACGCCGGGUUGAAGGAGAGUCGCCAUUCUACAAAAGGAAGAAGAAGCCAGUUAUUUCGGUGCUAAUUAAGUUGACACGUCCACUCGUAUACGCGAAAGCACACGGUCAGUGGGGGACGGUGCCUAAUUGGCACGGCGGCAACAAGAUCAUCCUUAAUUGGUUAAUUUGCGAAGAGGCACGAGAACCGAUGCGUCGCGGCGCGGUCCAGUGUUGCAGGAUGCAAACGCACCUGGACAUCACCGGAUAAUCCUGCCACAUUUGGGAUCGAAACGCGAGCAACCGACCAGAGUCUACGAUACCUCCUUAACGAUAAUCCGAACAACAUUUCUUCUCUUCUAUGACAAGUUCCUCCAAUACGUGACCAAAUUCGCGAUCAUGACUAGCGGACAGAGGAACAAGUCGGUGGUGCAUCCGGAACAACAACGGUACACGUACAUGCCAUGUCCACUCUACGACACCGAAACGUCCGAGUUACACGAUUCAUCAAAUUAGAAAAAAAACAUCGGCACGAUUAAUGUCCCAUCGCCUAGAGAAAGUUGCAUGGUCCACGUGCAUGCGGCCAAUUACGCUUAGAGAUUAAUUAUAGCGACAAACAAUAAUCCCCGGUUGCUCGUGAUCCAUCAACGUAAUUCCAACGAGAGACGAAGCGUCGAGCGUGCAAAUCCGACAAACUUUAAACUCGACUACAUUCGCCGAGUAUAGCGACGACGUUUACCCUGAAACACAUGCGCUAAACUUUGACCGGGGCGGGGGAUGAUAAACGAGGCUGACGUUGAACGCGAAUUCACGAUGUCCUCGACGACGUUGAGCGAGCGAAGGAUACGAAAAAUAUACCCAGCCGUUUCGUUAAACUGCUUUUAAACAGCGAUCGCGUGAAAUAACGAAUGUCGUUUGAUCUUCGAAAUUGUGCUCGGAAGGUAUUUGCAUGCCGUUCGAUCGCGAGGAACAAACGACAAAGCGGAUCGACGGUACAGGGAAGUUAAGUAACCGAGGGGAAAAAAAGCCGAUAUUUACAGGAGGGCUGCGACGGGACGUUUUCAUUCGUCACGCUGUUGGUUACCCGAGUCGACGGAAAUUGCAAUUAAUCCGGGAACAGGUGGUGUCCGUGCCGUUAACCACCGCGUUGCAUAAUGAAACAAACGGUGAAUGAAACAUGAAGCGACACGGCCCACUAGCGAAUCAUUACAAAUCGCAUUGCGACAAACUGUUUACAUCCCCGGGGAAAGAUUUUCCAUCCCGACGACGAUGUUUGAGCCUGUGACUUUUUCAUUGGCUCGAUAAACAUCGGAAAUUCUAUGAAGAUCGUCUUCGAGUCGACUGUUUAAUUAAAGAAACUUGUCUCUUCCACGAUGUCGAAACGAGCCAACUAUUUGACCAUGCGGACCGUGAACUAUCGGCCACUACCGAUGGAACUAUUUAACAGAGAACCAAGUGACUGUCGAUAGAAUUGGCACAUCGUGUUCGAUAAUUUGUCGAGUAACUUUGAAAUGCUAGGUACAUCGAGAGAGAAUCCUAUUUAACCCCUUCCGUCAAUUCCUCUACAUUUUCUCUAGACGGUAUUUUAAAAAUAUAUUUCGAUUUUCCUGUCGAAUUCUAGAAACGACAAACUGUUGAAGGUUAUCGGUCAGUGAAGGCAAAUAAAUUCGCACCGCAGAUAGAACCGCGUCGAAUAAACAGGAACGAGAAUAGGUGAAUUUAUUAUCCACGGUGAUUGUUUAUUCGAUCCUGAUAACUGGUUUGUUUUUCGUUCGAUUAUUUAUAACGCCGUUGGCAGAGAAAAGAUGUAAAAUCAUGGUAAUGCGGAGGCUCGAACGUGCAUAAUCGAUCCGCGUAUUGUGUAAACAAUUUAUAGCUCUUUUGAAUUUUAAAAAAACGCUAUAUCUCGCUUGCAGCUGGUAAAAGUUAGCGUGUUUGUAUCGACACUCGACAUUUUUUCGAAUCUUUUCCAUAUAAAAUGUAACAUUGUAGAAGUGAAUAAUUCCGGAUUCUAGGAAAGGUUAAACCUCCGGAGGAAUGCAAAAUUAGCUCGCAAUCUAAACGGUGGCUAGCUGUAAAGAAGUCAAGGUUGCUCGCACGGCACUGCACACGGAGAAAAAAGAAAUUUUGCACGGGCGCAUCAAGGUGUGCAAUCGAUUCUGAUGCAGUCGACUAGGCGCGCGCCUACCAUUCCCAUUACGACCCUGUUCGACAGAUACAGGGUGUUUCAAAAACAUUGCAUACCGUUAGAACUCUAGAUUCUUCAGGUGAAAACAAAUCGAAAAGUUCUCUACCAUUUUCUCGUACGAGGCUUCGUUAUUGAGAUAUGAGCGAUUAAAAAUUGGGCGGGUGACUUCCGGGGUGCCCUGUCUAAACGGUCACGUGAGCAGGGCACCCCGGAAGUCGGGCAGUCAAUUUUCAAACUGCUUAUAUCUCCGAAACGAAGCCUCGGAUUGAAAAAUGGUAAAGGACUUUUCGAUUCAUUUUGAUAUUUUCAUGGUGUACAAUAUUUUUUAGACAUUCUGUAUAUUUCACGAUUAAAUAUUAAUUGCCUUGUUGCACGUUCGUGGGACUGACAAACAGUGAAAGGCAUAUAUUACGCGACAUUGACGUUGCUAAAUAAAUGAUCAAUUAGAAGGGAACUCAUAAAUCGUCACGGUCUUGGUUACAGAACCUGUAUCGACCCAGCUGAUCGUAAUAACUAUGUAACACGUUGAUCGCUAUGGGAAUAAACGAUCGAAGGAAAGGAAAAUUUUAAAUAUCAUUAGUGUUACAUUUCACAUUUGAUAUUUUCCUACGUUUUCCAUAUUAGAUCAAUCACAGCUGCUUAAUGUAUUGCAUAAUAAAUUGAUCAACGAUGAUUAAUGAAACAUGUAGGGAAAAAGGUGAUUGUCUGGGGUCAUUGUUUAUGACACUGUUACAAAUGACCCAAUAUAAUAUUUCUUUGGUGAAAAUAACUAUAAAUUACACCGACAAGUAAGUUUGAAGUGAUUUAUAUCGAGGUUAACGACUCUGGCCAGGGAUCACUUGUCGCCUUUGCAUACAAUGUACAGAAAGUGUGUUUCCUUGCCAGAAAUACACUUUCCGUGACUUGUCAAGUGUUUGACGAACAAACAAGCUUCUCUAAAAAACAAUCAAACGUAUGCAUCUAGUAUUAUGAUUCCAAAACAUGCUAUGGAAAAUUAUUAUGUGUUUCUCGACCAUAUUUAAGAAACAACGAAAGAGUCGAAUGACCGGUUAAUACGGAAGUGAUCUUGUGCCAAAUUGUAUUCAGUAAAUUUUACGAAUCGUAAACUGCAGCUGUAAUUUUGUCAAGCUUCCACCAAUUUUACGACUACUUGUUGAACCGUUCUCUUCGAGACCAGGAUCCCUUCGCUGUUUUCAGAAAGUUUACGUUCUUUCUGCCACACUCGUGGCUGGGUCGUUUCGGUUAUUUCAAUUUAUUCUUCUCCUAAACUAUGAUAUUAUAUAAAGCCCCACUUUCAACUCGCUUCGAAAUAAAUAUACCCGCGCUCGAGACCCUUAGAAUUUCGAGAAAUUGUCAUCGUUAUUAUUACUUCUUUCUUUCUACAAAAUUAUAUCGAAUGAAAUUAUUAAACAUUUCCGUGGCACGUGCGAACGCAGAAUCGAUUCAUUUUCGCGAGCUGUCACGACUCUGAUAUCGAUUCGUUGGCCUUUACUUCGUUUACACGCUCGUCUCGUGAACAUAAAUCGAAUUUUCCAUGUCGUUUGUUCCUUCUGAACCACGAUCGGCCAAGAGAUUUAAACUUAAGUGUGUUAUUUGUGCACCAAGUUAUUUUGCUAUCGGCUCCUAGAAAAAUAUUGUCCAUACAGAGUUUAAAGAUACUUCCUAUGGAUAAUGAAAAUGAUCUAAAGUACUUUGACGUUUGAGAAUGUAUGGAAGCGUGAACGUAGAAUUCGAAACACGAUUUGGUUCCUUUUAGUGUUGGCGCGUUUAUUCGAAUGGCGCGUGCAACGCGAGCUAGCUGUUCGAGAAUGCGAAUCUAUAUUUUGCCCAACUGCAAACGUAUUCGCGGUACGCCGUCGCGAAUGCAAAACUGGCCUGGCUUGUUGUAUGCACCGACAUGGUCGACGAAUGCUUUAACUUCAUGGAGAUUUCGUGACAACGCGUCGCAUCGACGAUCACGUUCGAAACUUUGGCUAACUGGAGAAUAGGGUUCACUUCCUGAAAGCCUAUCAACGAGAUUUUUCACCCCUAUCAUUGCUUGUUGAUUGGAAAUAAGAUUUCUCGAGCUUGUUAACGAGACCUCACGCGACAGAAUCGUAGAACCCCGCACUUGAACUCCCGAGUUCAAGUUUAACCCUCGCGUUCUACUUACGUGCGAAUGCCAUGGCAAAACUUCUAUCGACUAUAAGAAAGUUCAUUAAAUAAAAAGAGAACUUCUACUUCGACUUUGAAAAAAAACACACUUUUAUUGUUGGUGUUAUCAACCCAGUCUCCAUUUGAAAAUGAUUCGCCUAUCUGUACUUCUCGAAACGAAACGACCAAAUCACUGAUAGUUAAGGAAAUAUAGAGCACCGGCCAUUAAGAAGAUUAGCAGAGGUCGUUUCACUCUGAUAAGCUCGACGAUCGAUUGCCAUGACACUGCGAAAUCGACGCGUCCCAUCGAUUUUCCUCGUUUUUCAAGCACCUUGAAAGUAUUCAUAGUUUUUGUCGUUCGGCCAGCGACGUUGAUACGUGCGUUAACUUUAGUCCGUUAGACGAAUGCCAAGAAUACGUUCGUUGUUGAUGAGAUAUUUUUGUUCGGAGGAAAGAAAAGACGGCAAGAAACGGCAAAUGAAAGUCUUCUUGAAAAGAUAACAAGCAAACACGAAAUAGCAUCUUAAAAUAAAAUAAAAUAAAAAACUUGAAGGAUGAAUACAUUCAAGGCAACUCUGAAUGUGCUAAUUAGAAAUAAGCGUGUAUAUAAUUAUAAAUAUGCGCUAAUUGCGAGCGAGCGCGCUGCUCUCUCGCAGUAGAAUACUCCGCGGUCAGACAAGUAGUAGCGCGAUCAGACAUUUCUCAGCCGGGAAAGAUGAUACUCCAACGAUGGUGAAUGGAACUAAUCAAAUCCUAAUCACCGUGAAAUUUUUCCCGUCCCUUUUUCCACUGAAAUUACUUUAUUUUUCACUACCAUCUACAAGACUCUGGUUUAAAAAUCAACGAGUAUUGUAACAUUUUUCAAUCAUCGAUAAUGUUAUGUAAAAACUUUUGGUUCAUCGUUGGAAGAAGAUUGCCAAGUUGAUCUGCAUGUUCCUCGAAGCCGAUCGUUCCUCUUAUGCUAACUGACCCGUGAACAGAGAUGGGCGAAAAUUCGCUGGCAAAAUUUUUGGCGAGAUUCGCGUGUUCUCUCGCGUUGGCCAUCCGCGAUAUUCUGAAUUAUGGUGACGGUCCGUCGCCAUAAAUCUCGGUCCAUUUUUCAUCCGUGAAAUCUCCGCGUUAACGCCUCCUAUCCGAUGAAUCGAACUGUUUUCAAUUUUUCUCUCCAAGUCCUUGACAUUAUUUAUACACUGCCGUAAACGCAGAACACACUUUUUUCAUUGAAAUGAAUUAGAAUCAGUAUUCUAUGCGUUUGAAAGAAUAAUACUUUAGAAGGAUUGCAGAGGGAAUAUUCUGUAAUUCGAUGCAGAUGGUUUUAAUGUCGUUCACAGUUUGACGAUUCGGUUUAUAUGGAACACUUGUUGAUCUUUCCAUUCCUUGCGACGUUUCUUUUAUAUUCCUUUUUACUUGUUUUCCAUAUCGUGUCUCUGUCUGGAUUUCAUACCGGAAAACAGAGAAAUGUGUCGCUAUAACGUUGUUGAAAGGUAUAAUGAUCUCUUGCUUUUAUAAGGCACGUGUUUCUAUUAGUAACCAAGGUGCUUUUAAAAAAGCUUUCAAAUCGUCGAGUUUCGAGUGCACUUUCGCGAGUACUUUUAACGGAACCGUACAAGUAUUUCCAGUCUUAAGUCCAUCGUACAUCCCGAAACAAAUUUGCAUUCACGCGAAACUUCCUCGUAACAAGAAGUUCCGUUGUUUCACUUGGGAUUUAUCGACUUAUUACCGCGACUCGACUUGCCUCAUAAAUCCUACUUUGUAAUUAGAAAAAUUAAUUUCACGUUAAAUGAAUUUCAUAUAGAAUUUCAUAGGCUUUUUAAGGAUAAAAGCUCGGAAUCUUACAUUUAUUCCUCGAAUUAUUAUCGCGAGACGGAAAACGAUUACCGGUUCGCGUGAUUCAAUGGGCAAAGAAAUUUUGCAAUAAAGUCCUUGGAAUUUUUCAUGGGUGACAAAAAAGGAAGUUCUAAUAAUAUUCACGGCGGGCAGUUUGCCAGGAGAAUUGUUUUUUAAAAGUUUCCACGUCCGGGACUGGGGUUAGAUUAGUAAUAGAUUAGGAUUUCUUUAGAGAGGAGAAGGUGAAAAUCGAGGCGUAGUGCGUUCGCGAAGUUUUUGGCACUGCUCCGUGGCCACGAGACGUCGCGAGGCUGAAACAUAGCCUUCCUGUAUCGCUUCUUAGCCUAACAUCGGUCUCGGCGCGAGCUUAAUUGUAUCUAAACACGAAAAGGAAAGAACUGUUAAAACAAAGGCGAGAAACCACCUCGACGACGCGACGUCCAAAACUCGCCAGAUCAUUCGUGGCCAAAAAUCAUCGCGUUUCCGUGAGCGUCGUCGUUGGCCAGCGGAGUGACGGUGGAGCGGACGAUCGACGUGAACGGGCUCUGGUCAGCGUCGCGACGCCUCGUGCACGUUCAGUGCUAGGCUGUCGGCGCGUGGCGAAGCUCACCAUCGCUCUUUGCAACUCGUUCCCUCGAGGGCACGUGGAAUCUAGCAUUUGUAUCGAUCGAUCUUCCGCUCGAUCCGCGAGCGAUCGAGCCGAACUAGGUCUCCAGGGUCGAAGAUAACCCGUUGCGUUGGCUUGACCUUGACGUUGGACGAUACACAACAUCAACCGUGAAUAUUUCAACGGAACAUUGUAUCGAUCUGAGGUGCAAACGGAACACGUGUCUCGCGAUUCGAUCUCGUCUGCCUGUUGGCUCGGUUUUGCCCUUUUUUCGCAUCCGGCAGCCACGCAGCGCUCGAAUCAUCAUCAGGUAGCAUCUGUGUCAAAUCGUUGUGAGAUCAAUUGUUGUUGAGAGGUGUUCGUGGCAAGCAACAACGAACUGUACCGUUACGUUUUGUUCUCUCUCUCUGUGUGUUUUGUGUGCGUUGUUCCCUUGUCCGUGUCUGUGAAUUACUAUUAUGUGUGUGGGGUUAUUGUGGCGGGAUAAAGUUGACGGUGUCUACCCUGGCUACGUGUUAUUUACCCGUUCUUCCAUUUCCUACCGUUUGCGGACAGAGCCACGCAUUCUUUCUCCCUCGUGAAAUCCUCAACAUGUCUGGUUUUAUUCGUGAAUCAUAUGUACAUAUGUGGAUCAAGACGUUGUAUCGACUCGAAAACGCGGUUACGAGAUUGUGGAUCCUUUUUACGCUUCGCUGUAUUUUUUCUGUAGUCGUAGACAAGUCUCAUGACUAAUACAAAGUGUCUGUUGGUGUACAGCAGUGCUGUCCAGGAUAUUUGUUUGAUUUUCGAACGGCUGCAGAAGUAUUAAUUCUGGAGAUAUUUUUAGAGAGUACAGUGGACAGCACUGCUCUAUGGUGUAAACUCCAUACCAGGCCUGCACAGCAAGUAGCGUGACAGGGAAGUUGCCUCUUGGUUUCUGACACCACUGUUCGCAAGUUCUCAACUUCUGUCGACCAGAAAUACCAAAUUUGUCAGUUUCACUUUAUCUUCAAAGUUGAAUUUCCGCCAUCUAACUGCUGGCCAGUAAAAAUGAGAUCCCCCUCGAGGCAACUUGAUGAGCAGGCCUCUUCCACGCCAUAACCGUUCGUUGUGCUUGAUGUUCGCUUUCCAUGUGCCGGAGUUUGUGCAUGAUAUCCGGUACCAUUCGCCGGCGAACGAACGAAAGCAAAAUGGCCCUUCGGUUCGGUCGAUCAAACGCGUGAACGGAGAAACGCGGACGGUUUUUCUUUCAUCUUUUUUAAGCGAAGCGUCCGGUACGUGAUUUUGAAAUCGUGGUAACGAUUGUAGGAAGGCACGAUUCGCUUUGCCCCGGGUAAAAUCUGACCGACAGGCCAAGUGUCGUAACUCGAAACGUCAAACGAUUGCCAGCUUCAACUUCAUCGGUGGAAAUUCGAGGGAAAAAGGACACUAUUCCUGACCAGGCGUUCAUUAAUUCUUGUUUACGUUGAAUAUCGGCUGAACUAGUUCACGAUUCUUGAAUUUCCGUCGGCCGAUAUUGCAUCGCGUUGACGCUUGGCUACGAUACAGCCAGUCGACGGUGUCAAAAACGUUUGUCUAGAAAUACCCGUGACAAUAAUGCGUCUUUUCGAAGAAGUACACACGCAAUCUUCAUCUAUAACGAAGGAUUAUAAAGGACUUCGAACGUCUUCGUUUACGUGGAAAGUUUGAGAGAUGAAAGAUAUCGGGUUAUCGCGGAUCAAUCUUCCCGAUUGAUUAUCAUCGAUUUUCGAGAAAGGUUUGAAUCGCGUUUUACUGGCUGCGCCAUGAAUACUAUCGUGACAAGACAGUCCUUGUGGUUGCGGCAGAUCAAUCGAAAGACUCCCUAGUUAGAGUCAGUGCUGUUGGGUCUAGCAAACAUGCCUCGUGGUGAGAAGGUCAAGUCUCGUGUCUUUAUUUUCACUCCAUUCGUGUAAAUCGUCAAAACUUUUAAUUCACAAAACACAGUUACUUGAGUAUUUAUACUUGUGCAAAUUGCCGGGGUGUUGAACCCAUUAUCUACCAAAUUUUUUAUUGUUGAAAUUUUUGGCCGGAUAAGUUAUAUAUAUGCAUAUUUUUGGCACCGAGUAGUGUACGUAAAAUUCCAAAAUCCCGAAAUGGGGAUCGUGGCAGCUAAUGGAUUAAUGUUAUGCCACAGCAGAAGAAUACAUUUGUGAAGUACAUCUUAUGUUAUUCCUUUCCUUAGUAUGGAAAGUAUUAAGUUAUAAAUUAAUUCAAGAAUAAUAUACACAAUGCUAUAAAUUGAAUCGGGAAUAUCAACGAGGUGCACGUAUCAGAAGGAUAAAGGAAAAUUCGUGAUGUUCGCGUGACACGCGACUGUCAUUUCCAAGGCGCAAUUAUAAUCCUGAACCUUGAAGUCUCCAGCUAAAUCGAGCGCGAUCAAAUCGUCCUCGUGCUCAGCUUUAAUCCUACCAUGUUCAAAUCGUAUUAGUUUGUUCCACGGAACGAUUUCAUUCCGACCGAUCGAAGCCAGUUGCUCGUGAUUAAGACAGGACGAAAAAUUAGAUUAUAGGGACGCUCGUUAAAUCGUCUUUCAAAAGUUACUCGAUGAAGAGUACAGCAAACUAUAAACUUCGAGUGGCGACACUUGGCGCGAAUCGUUCCGGGUCUUCCAACGGUACCCUGACUCUUGCCGCGGGUAGAACGAAUCCCUAACAAACGAAUAACUCGCUCGAGUGUGCCAGGAUACAGCAGUACCUCUUUAAAACACUUCUCUCUCCAAUAACCUUAUUUUCCGUCGGGGAACAAGUGAGGAAUGUUCUGAUCGCAAGUGCGGCCGUCGAUUCCACAGACGAAGCUCGACAGCGGCGCAAGACUAACCAGUAUCCCACAUCGCUGUUCUCGUUUCUAUAUCCGCGCCUCCCCCACACAAACCGAGAUACAUUACAUCGUCGAUCGAAAAACCGUCAAACGAACGUACCGAAAACGCGGCAAGGCUCACGAAGUCGAGAUAAAUCGUGAAAAAUAUGGGGAGACUGGCUAGGGACGCUUUCGUGAUCGUCGAGCACCGUUAGAACCACCACCACCGCGGUGUUUCGUUCACACGCGGUAAAACAAUUCCAAGCAGACAAAUAAAAACCGCGGGGUUGAACGACCCUUAAACGACACACGACACACGUCGUACACGUGGACGGUCCAACUUAGCACACUCACGGUCAGUCAUGAAUCUUAUGUUCCGCAAGAACUUCGGCGAGAAGGGAUUCGGUGGUGGUGGCGGAGGAGGAGGAGGAGGAGGAGGAGGCGGAGGCGGAUUGGAGGGUCGCACGACCCUCGGAAAUACAUACGGGCCGGCUACAUUGGGGUACACGGGGACGCGGUUCGGCGUGGUGCGCGGCGCCGGCCAGUCGGCCGUCGGGACGCGCGCACCCAUCCGACGCAGCAAAGAGUUCGGCUACUUCCCUUCGAUGGCGGAUCACGAGCACCAGGGCUUCGGAUACCGGACUCACUUGUUCCUCACGCCACCGACAGGCGGCGCCCUCGGCUCGCCACCGGAAGAACCAACCGAGAGAUUGGGCCCACCACCGAGGAAGAGUUCCGGCCCUCAUGUAAUCAAGUGGGGGGGCGGUGGUGGUAGCGGGUCUGGACAGGGGUCCAACGCUGGGACCCAAGCGAAACGGAAGCAGGCACAGAGCGUGCUGCAGAAGGAAUCUUCCGAACCACCGACACCGACUGCCUCCAGACAGGUUUCCUUCAGUGGUAACCGGGCAUCCGGCGCGUACACGCCCCUUGUGGUUUCCGGGAACAGUCCACCACGAAGCGAACCGAUCUCUCUGGCCACUUUGGACCGCGACUGUUUCAUCAUUCCCCUCGCUUCUCUCGAACGAUUUCUACCAGCUGGAGUACCGCUUUGUUUCGACUCGUUGCAGCACGCUCCGAUCGCAGAUAAAAAGAGGCCAGGAAGUCCUCUGUCGGUCCUCGAGGUCGAAGACCCGAAACAAUGCGUUCUCGCACAUUUCAUGACACCUCUGGAACCGCUGGAUCCUCUGAUCGAAUCCCCGGUUUCUCAUCCACUGGUUUUGCAAAGGGACACAGCGGCCGAACUGGUCGCCGAGAUAGCACCAUCCGCCUCGCAGAGUAUUCUCUUAACAAACAUGGAAAAGAAUGCGGACUUCCCGUUCAUCACGUAUUAUCUGAUAAACAAACAGAACACCGAUCCCGUGGAUUUUUACAACGAGGUUCAAUGCGCUGCACUGAGGAAGUUCGAUCCUCGCGACCUUCGAUACGCGGCCAGUCACACGUUGGAUUUGUUCAACGAGGUGGCGACAAUAGCGAGGCCACCAUUGGAACCACCUGGUGUGAGACCACCGAUUCCGUCCACCGGCUACAUUGUCUCGAUUUUCAAGGUGUUCGAGGGUGACGAUGGCCUCAAGUUCGAGCAGAACUGGCUCUACUGGACCGGUGCCCGCAUGAUAUACCGAUACCUGCCAAAAUCGGUUGGCUUGAGACGCAUCACCCUGCACAAGUCCAUGUCACAAGGCGACAAGAUGUACCUACUGAUCUGCGAGUGCUCGCAGUUGCAAGACAAUCUCUCCGCGGCGGCUAUAUUAUUGCCGGCUUUACGCGCUCGAUUAUGCGGAUACACCGGUCUCUAUCGACCCUCGGUGUGCUUCUGAUUUCUCAAGAAACGCUGACAACGCGUUACCGAUGGUAGACUACACUUUAGUAGAGCUACUUUGUGAAAUUACAAACGAACAAGAUGCAAUAACGGAAACAUUGUUACAAGAUAAUCUUCGAGGAUGGAACAAUAUCUGCUCAGGGCUCGUUUCGUUCAACUGUAAAAGUAGCUCGCAAUACUGGUAGUUUCGAACGAUACGCUUCUGUCGUCAACAAGAAUUUCUCCAGUUUUAUAAAGUCACUUGUAUUUUUGCAUCGCCAAGAGACGGUGGUUACGAGUUCUACGCUCCUUGUAACGCGUCGCUUACGAUCUUAUCGAGCUCUUACUGCCGACGUUUCUUACGAAUCUAGCAAUUUCACGAAACGAGCCCUUCCCAUGGACGAUUGUUCAAUAAGCUAUCGGAAAGUCGGAUAUCUAUCGUGUUUAGUGAUCUCUGAAUGGAAUCGUAAUGGGGAAACACCUUCGUAUACGCUUUAGGGAUAUCACGAUGAAAAAUCUGUACGCUUCGGGAUGCACACCCGUCUAGUUACGCCUCUCUGGCCUGUUUGUAUUUUUCGACUUUACAUACAUAUUUCAUCCAGCGUUAAGGCAAGCGUAACUGGCUGCUCGAUACAAUCGGGACGACUCUUGCAUGUACAUACCAUUAGGGACACGCGAGACACUUUUAUUACUAUCGACGACUAUCGAUUAAAUCGCUAACUACAUAUCAUAUACUCGAUAAACUGUGAUAUUCGAAUGAUUACCGCAUAUAUCACACAACGAACGCGACGAGAAUAUCGCCAAACAUUCUCGACAAAAUACUCUUGGAAUACUACUUGACGAACCGAUUUUCAACUCGACGCGACAUAGAACCGUCGACGUCGAUGAUACUCCGUAAACGUAAUCCAUCGGAUCUUUUAUUAAUUGCAUUCACACGUUUGAUAUUACAUAUCUUUGCCUGGAUUUAUCGAUACUCGCGGAUUUUGAUUGCGACACGGGCGAAUAAUGGAUAAACUACAACUUUGAAAUCGAAACUGAGUAAAUUUGAAAUUUAUACUUUAUUCGCCGGCGAAGAUUCGAACGGUAGAUCUCCCGCCUUUUUUUCUGGGAGGAAUAGGUAGAUGGAUCAGAAGACACGGGGAAAGCUUAAUCAGAUUUUUCUUAGGUGCCCGUAGAAAUUUUAGAGAGAGGACGAGUAGCAUGAAUUGGCAUUGUAGUACAAACAAGAAAUAAAAUAAUAAAAGGAAGAAAACAGAUAUUAAAAACGUAUAGUCAAUAUACGCUUGUUGCAUACAGACAAUAGCUAGAUCGAUUGCGCAGGCGCGAUCGAUAAUUUAGAUUUAUAAGAAACCGACGGCGUAUACUUGUAAAAAUACGUCCCCUUCAUACUCGCUGAAACAAAACGUGGAACAAGAUGCUCUUAAGUAUAAGACGACGACAAGAAACAAAUAAAACAAAGACUCGCGAUUUUACUGUGAUCCCACGUGUAUCGCGACGAAACGAUACACGUCGUUAAUACGUGUGCGAUUGAGUGAACUCGAUACGUGAGGUGUGAUUGAUUUUUCUCUCAUUCGAGUUAAACACCGUUGAAUACCGAUUAUUUGCCUGCACAAGUUUGUUUACCAGAAUAAAUUUGCUCCACGCAUCGGAGUACGCCUCUUCAGGGUAACUUUGCGAUCGUACGAGGAUCGAGUUAUACGAGCGAAUCUAAUCGCGAAUACAGACAUCCAAUUGUUUCAUUGGACAAAAUCGGAUUGUACCAUACAUUGAUACUUCGCAAUUAUAAUAGAUUUAUUAUAUCAUGUACAACGAAUAAUAAUGAAAUAAUAAUAAUAAAUCACUUCUAAUAUUACA